AUGGACGGUACCACGGAAAACGCGCCUAUAGCCAAAGCGCGCAAGAAGCUUCCUCCUUUCCUGGAUCAUUUCAACAACCGUGAUCUCAAAGUACUUUUUCGCUGUUCGGUAGCCGCAUGGGUUGCGUCAUUGUUGAUAUUUAUCGGGCCGUCCAUGCGUGAGAUUGGGACUGCAACUUUCUUCGCAACAUUGGUGAUAUUUAUGGUGCCUCCUACCGGUAUUGUAUUCAUCUUCAUUUUAGGCGCGCUUACCCUGAUCGUUGGUAUGGCGUUCGGAUGGACAUGGGGUGUAAUAGCCAUGAAAGCAGCCCAGGCAGCACGUCCAUCAGCUGAGACACAAGCUUCACUGCAAGCUCUGGGUGAACUGGCUUCCAAGCAAGCUAACGCAACGGGCCAGAGCGUUGCAGUCGUAGAGCAAGAAUUGAUUUAUAAUGGCUUCAUGCUGGAUGCCCGUGUCACUGCUGUAUACUUUUGUAUUAUUUGCUUCGUGAUCUACAUGCUGGCCCGCUUCCGAGCCACAAACCCCAAGUUCACUCUGUUCCAGAUCUUUGGGACUAUCAUUAUGGACAUAUUUUUGACCAUUGGCCCGCUGCUCCCAUCUUUCAAUGGAACUAUACCCAAGAUCUUGGUCGUACCCGCUGCCAUUGGAAUAGGAAUAGGGCUGGCUUGUCAAAUUCUUUUAUUUCCCAAGUCAACAUCUCAUACUGUUCUCGAAGGCAUGGAGAGUUUAUCACGACUACUCAAAGGUCCACUAGAUGUGACCGUGGCAUCUCUGAUCGAAAAUGAACAGUUGGUCAUGAAAGAUCUAGUAGAUCUGAAGAUGAAGAUCAUCGCCACCCACAAAAGCAUUGAGCCCGCGCUCGGCUUCCUUCAGCUAGACUUUUCUGUCAGUCGCUGGAAUGCUGAUGAUGUUAAAAGCCUGAGAGAGCCAUUGCGACAGGCUUCCCUUAGUAGCUUGUCCUUAUUGGAACUUCAAAUUAGCCGUCUUGGAGGUGAUGAGAAACUCGAGAAGCUUCGCGCACUUACUGCACCUUCCGAGGACCCUCCGAGUGGUGAAGCCGACGAAAAGAAGGAGACAAAAAAACCUCGCGAGGUUGGAAUGAGACAAUUGCUUGAAAGUAAUCGCGUUGUUGCGGCGUUUCGUAGCCCGGAAAAUGAGCCUAUUCGACAGGAGGUCCUCGACGCGAUUCGGCAGCCCUGCAAAAAAGUUCUGCCUGUGUGCCAGGAUGCGAGCGAGAUUGUCACUGAAUGCAUUCAUGCGGUGAAUUCUGGUAGAUGGUUUAGUAAACCGUCUAAACAGCACAUGGAAGAGCUCCUCGAACGUAGCCAGUCGGCACUUGAGACACUACAGGAACUACGCUCGGCUUACGCAGCUGAAACUACGGAGCGCUUGAUUCAGACUAACAGGGAUCUUUUUGACGAAGAGGGAAAGCUGAAUGAUUCUGGAGAUGCCACAAUGCACAGAGUUACAGGCAUUGCGCUCGGUAUGGUCUUUGAAGAACAUGUUCUUGGCGUGAUAGACUCGUGGAAACAAGUACUGGGACAACUAUCGGCCUUGAUGAGAGAGCGUCAGAAUACUCGGUUAUGGCUGCCCAGGGGACUGAGGUAUGCAUUCAACUGGGUAUUCGGCAAAACUGCCGUGGCGCCUGUAAUUGCAGCUCAAUCACCUGGGUUUGAUCCCGAUUUGGUGGAACAACAAUCAAAGGCAGCACAGCUAAGUCUCAGCAUUAGCCGAGGAUAUGGAGUGAAGCAGCGUAGCGGUCUUGAAGGAGUCAUUCUUGGUUCAUAUCACUGGCUCAUUAAUGCGCAGGGCUUGUAUGCGCUGCGCCUCGUGGUUGUGACUAUUGCUCUUGCUAUUCCUGCCGUAAUUCCAUCCAGUGCCGGGUUUUACUACCGCGAGAAAGGCCUAUGGGCCCUGAUCAUGGGUCAGACGACGCUGGUAGUUUAUAUGCCGGAUUUCACAAUGUCUCUGUUUUCCCGUGCCAUUGGAACUAUUGUUGGUGGUGUGAUGGGCUUGGUGGCCUGGUAUAUUGGCUCCGGUCAUGGAUCUGGUAAUUCUUUUGGUCUUUCUGCAAUAAUGGCUCCAAUGAUUGUUAUCUUAAUGUGGGGACGCAUCUUCUUCCCACCUGCUCUAUUGCAGGGCACAAUUAUGGGUGGUGCUACGCUGAUCUUGGUUGUCGGGUACAGCUUCACUGAUACGCACAACCCGACUUACGGCAACCCCGGCUUCGGAUAUAGUGUCUUCUGGAGGCGACUUUUGCUGGUGAUAGUGGGAUCUGGUGCUGCGCUGAUAGUCCAGUUAUUUCCUAGACCACCAUCGGCCUCUCGACAUAUCUGCAAAUCACUGUCGAAUACCAUUCGCUCGCUUUCUGACUACUACGCUUUACUCUUGUCAUGUUGGGGCCAGCCUGACCGUGACGAGGGCCUGCUAGCCGAACAACUUGCAUUUCAAGUCGCCGAGAGCCUCGCAGCGCUCGAUGGGCCUGUCGCUAUGUUGCGUCUCGAGUUCUCCAGCUCACCCUUUGACAGCGAGAGCCUAGUUCAGGUGAAGUCGCUUUGUCAAAAACUAAACCAGCAUCUCGGUCGCCUGCUUUAUCUUUCCGCUUCAUUGCCUGAGAAAUUCCAAAGCGUUUUCACACGUCGCAUUGGACUGCUAGAUCAUCGUCAGAUUGGAGAUGUCAUGGCAGUUCUCGGGGUUGUGGAACAGGCCCUUAAAACUGAGGACCCUCUACCUGAAGUGCUCCCAACACCACUGCUGAAACGAUGUCUUGAAUAUCGUCAGGCCCACAGGAUCGAGAUACAAUUGACCAUAGACCUCAUGCGGGAUGAGGAUUACCGCAAGUUCUGCGUGGCUAUCAGUUCUUACCUCAAGUUCCUGGCUACGGUGGAUGACUUAGUCCUAGUAAUGAAGGGUUCAUUGGGAGAAGCACAUAUUGUGAACCGGGAGUUGAUGCAAGAACUGCUUGUAUAG